AUGUGGAGCCGGAGAAAUUGCUGUCUGUUCUUAAAAGCCUUGGCACACGUCACCGUGUUUCUCUUCAUCACAGCAUGUUCAGGAGGUCAGUUGUCCGAAACCGAGUCUUUCUUCAAUUUCAUUAGAGCCAUUGAUCCCCAAAAUGUGCUAAGAAUCAGCUGGAAUGGAAUACUCCCACAUCCCUGCUCAAAUAGGUGGAAGGGUGUCAAGUGCAAUUUUGAGGCUACUACUAUAACUCAAAUCAGGCUUGACAACCAGAGUUUUACUGGGGCAAUUGAUGCAGGCUCCCUUUGUAAGCUCCAACAUCUGCAAGUUCUGAGCUUAGCAAAGAAUCUUAUCCAAGGAAAUAUUCCUCACUCCAUCUUGAAUUGUAGAAGCCUGACCUAUUUAAAUCUAAGCAGCAAUCUUUUGAGGGGAAGAGUGCCUGUGGCUCUAAUCAAUUUGAAAUAUCUCAGGAUCUUGGAUAUUUCUAACAAUUAUUUAACAGGAAUUAUCCCUCAUUCCAAACAGGAAUUUGUGCAUCUAGAUAAACAUUCCAUGAAACAUGGUAGAGUGAAGAUGUACAAUCUUCAAAAAUUGGCAACAGUGGCAGACUCCAAGGCUCUAAAUAGCAUUGACGCUGGUUCUGUAUCACAUCCUGCAGACCCACCCAAUGGUAGCAAGUCUGGCUCUGGCACAGAGAAAUGGUAUGACAAAGCUAUAUACGUCAUGCCAUUAGUUUUAGUCAUUGUAUUUUCCUCUGUAUUAGCAUACUUUGUGAUCAAGAAGUUUUCUGAUUCGGCCAAAGAUAGGGAGAUUCUGAAAUCUCUAGCACACUCUCCUCAGAAAACUCCUCCACAUGUACCUCAAGAAGACUUGAAGCCUAAAGAAAGAUGCUCAGAGCUCGUUUUCUUUGUUGAAGAGAAAGAAAGGUUCAGAUUGGAUGACCUCUUUGAAGCCACGGCAGACUUGCAAAGCCAGACCCCUAACAGCAGUCUGUACAAGGUGAAGCUUAAGAACAACAUUGUAUAUGCAGUCAAAAGAUUGAAGAAAUUGCAGGUAUCCUUUGAGGAGUUUGGCCAAACAAUGAGGCAGAUAGGGAAUUUGAAGCAUCCAAACAUUCUAUCCCUUGUUGGUUACAAUUCCACUGAUGAGGAAAAACUUCUAAUAUACAAGUAUCAAAGCAGUGGAAGCCUGCUAAACCUUGUAGAGGGCUACAUUGAAGGCAAGAGGGAGUUCCCAUGGAAACUUCGGCUGUCAAUAGCCACUGGCAUUGCAAGGGGUCUGGACUUCAUAUAUAGGAACCCUAUUGACCAUGAGAUAAUACCUCAUGGGAACAUUAAGCUUUCAAAUAUCCUGUUGGAUGAAAAUCAAGAACCUGUAAUUAGUGAGUAUGGAUUUUCAAGAUUUUUGGACCCCAAGAGAGCUUGGUCCUUUUCCUCCAACGGCUAUACAGCCCCUGAGAAAACUUUAUCAGAACAAGGCGAUGUUUUCAGCUUUGGAAUAAUUUUGCUCGAGUUGCUAACAGGAAAAACAGUGGAGAAGAGUGGGAUAGACCUUCCUAAAUGGGUCAGAUCCAUAGUGAGGGAGGAAUGGACGGGAGAAGUUUUUGACAAGGAGGUUAAUCCCGCUGCGAGGCAAUAUGCAUUUCCUUUGCUCAAUAUCUCUCUCAAAUGUGUGUCAAAUUCACCAGAAGAAAGGCCAACUAUGGGAGAGGUGAUGGAGACGAUAGAGGAAGUAGUUAAUACACACGAGGACUUCACUAUUUCUUCUAUGGGCUCAAUAGUAUCAAGUCCACAGGAAUGGUGCUUACUUCACUCUGUCAUACCUGAGACUUGGGAUACUCCUGGCUCAAAUUAUUGA